GGGCCCCGCGGAUGCGGCGGGAUCUGCGGACAGAAUUAGCUAUCAUAAUAUCCUCGUUAUGCAGAUCAUCCCACCAAGGUUGUUGCUGACAGCAAAGGACUUCCUCUCAAAGCUGUUUAAAUGAGAAUGUCCCUGGCGCAAAGAGUGCUGCUGACAUGGCUUUUUACAUUACUCUUCCUGAUCAUGCUGGUGCUGAAGUUGGAUGAGAAAGCACCGUGGAACUGGUUCCUCAUUUUUAUUCCAGUGUGGAUAUUUGAUACAAUUCUUCUAGUUAUGUUAAUUGUAAAAAUGGCUGGACGUUGCAAGUCUGGCUUUGACCCUCGCAAUGGCUCCCAGAACAUGAAGAAGAAAGUCUGGUACCUCAUUGCAAUGCUGCUGAAAUUGGCCUUCUGCCUCGCCCUGUGCGCGAAGCUGCAGCGAUUCACCACCAUGAAACUGGCCUAUGUGUUCAUCCCGCUCUGGGCCCUGCUGAUUGGGGGCAUGGUUGAACUUGGAUAUAAUAUCUUCUAUGUACGGAGAGACUAAGCUUUGCCAGGUGGUUUCCAGUGCCAAGACUGGCACCAAAUUACUAGAUUACCACCAUUUUGCCACAAAUUUAUCUUCAGACUAGA